AUGAUUGGCUUCAACUUACGAGCCUUCUUGUUCGGCUCCGGUUACGACUCCGGUCCGUCCAGCGCUACAGAGGCCGACACUACUGAUAGCUAUGGCGCAGGAGAAAGCGGCGGUCCUUAUCCAUGGUGGUACGGAGAGACAAGCACAGGCCUUGACCCUUUCUACUAUGGCACCACAAGCAAUACAGACCCAUGGUCCGAGUCUGCAGUGACCUACUCGUCCAGUAGUAGCGUCGACACAAGCACUACCGUCGGCAUUGUCACCACGCCAGCCACGUCCUCAAUCAUCACCUCAACGAGCGACUCAAAUACGCUGCAUUGGCCUACCACCACAUCCGCAGAGACUUGGAGCCAGGCAUCACCAGGUAUUGCCGAAUCAACCUCUUGUCCGAAUGAGCUAACAUCGACGGUGCCAGAUACCUCCUCGUCACCACAAGCCACGGCCACAACGUCAGCUACCAUCACAUCAGCGACCCAAACCACCUCAUACGCCAUCACAUUUUCGACCACUCCAGUCACACUCCCAACUUCCACAAACGAGGUCUCAACUAGCCAGACUAUCACACCCACUCUCACAAUAACAGUCUCACCUCUGCCAACCGACCCCACCACCACCAUCUCGCUCAUCGAACCGACCACCACCACCACAGUCCCAACUCCCAUCUCCAAUCCCAGUCACUCCAUCAACACCGCGCUCGCAGUUGGUCUCGGCACAGUCCUUGGCUUCUUCCUCCUCGUAUUCCUUAUCAUCGCCUUCUUCUACUACCGCCACCGUUCCGCCGACAACCCCGACGCUCCCGGUGCACCAUCUCGCCAGGGUCUCCUCAUCGGUUCCCCUCAACCGAUCGGCAAUGAUCCCCGUGCACUCGAGAACGCUGAAGCAUUGCGUGCGACGGUCCCAGAGGAAGGCGAGCAUCUCGAGAUGAAAUUUCCGGCUGAUGAGGGGUUUCUUGAUACCAUCGCGACGAGGGAAAUUCAGGACAGCACGGCUGCUAGAGGUGGAGCGGGUCAGGAAGUCGACGAGAUUACUGCCGCGCCUGCAGCUGCUCCGCCGCCUGAUAUUGGAAGAUGGAGAUUUCGAGGGGAGAUUGAGGGACGGACUAUCGGUGGUUCUGGUGGUGGUCCAGCCUUGAAUGAGAUCGCAGUGCCAGCUGGAUCGCGCUGGUCGAGGAAGAUCAAGGCACUCUUCGGUCGCAAGCAGGAUGAUGUGAGGUUCGAGAUGCUGCCACCCUCAUCGCCGGGUCAGGCUUGA